UCUUAACCUGUAGGACUCUCAGGUCCUUUAUAUCUACUCCCGAGCAUUGCCCGAACCGAUACGAGGGCACUUGGUUGUCGAGGCCAAGUCAGGUAUGUAUACCUACCGCCAGUUCCGCGACCUUGCAUUGCAGCGGGAACAAAUGACUUCGCAAGUCAAAGGUUCCUAUGCUGCUGCCGUAAAGAAUGGAGGAGGAGGCGGUCGAGGAGGCUACGGCAAGCGGGUCAUAUGGCAUCAAAAGCGCCAAGACCACACCCUCGUCGUAUUCGACGACGAUACAAUGGAGAAAUGGCCAUUGGAGAAUGAGGGUGCUGGUGACAGCAGCAGUGACCUCAGAAAGGGGGAGGUUACCGCUGCAACGGUCAACAAGGGAGGACCGUCAUUGAGCACUCGAUCGAAGGGAAGACCACGCUCCUUCCCAUACCAUCCUGGGAUUGCGGCUGGCAGACCGUGGCUGAAGAUGGGACUAACCCGGGAGGAAUUCAAAAGGGAGCAGCCAGUAGGAAUAACAUCUGUUCCUACAGAGCCGGAGAGUGCGAUCACAUGCAAGGCGCCUACGAUCCCUUUCCACACUCCGACUCCCGUGGCAGAGGAUGAAAACCUUUCCGCCCGUCGUUCAGAUAUCCCCACUCCUGUCUUAUGUCUGUCUCUGGACGACUCCCUUGACGAGCUGGGUAGYGAGCUAGUCGCGUUACGCAGUUCGUGGGCGAAGAAAGCCAAGUCUAAGGGGGAAUUGUUGAUUGCCGACUUGGUUGUCAAUCGCACACACGUUGGUGCGAUGUUGGACACUGGGUCCACACGAUCUUACAUGUCUGAACGUGCAGUCCGCAAGUUGCACCUCGGCAUGAAGAUCCAAACGUUAGCUAGACCAAUCACGUCUAUGUUGGCUGACAAAAGCACGAUGACGGUAACACAGUACGUCGAUCGUGUUCGAUGUCAGUUCAGUACUAAGGAUGGGAAAAAGAUUUGGCAUGAGCUUCCCUUCCUAAUCGAGAAGAACAUGCCAUUUGAUAUCAUCUUGGGAAUGGAUUGGCACGAGGAAGCUGAUCCCAAGAUUGAUUUCAAACUGAAAGAAGUAAAGAUCAAAGAUGAAUCGUCUACAUUGCAACCAAUUGAGUUGUAUCAUCGGUCAGGGUCUGACUCUGUCUUGUCUUUUUGUUGCAUGAGCUACCCUGCAUUCCGAUCGAUGGUUGCAAAGAAGAAGUUAGAGGAUGAGGUAGUAAUGUUGUUAGUUAAGAAAGUAGGAGAGUCUUCAACUACCYAUCCUCCUGGCAUAGAUGCACUCCUAACGGAGUUUGCCGAUAUUAUGUCUGAGCCUACCGGGGUUACUUCGCGUGCUAUCAAGCACACGAUCGAGAUCGUGCCCGGUAGUAAGGUUCCCAAGGGCCCUAUUUAUCGCAUGUCUCCAAGGGAACUUGAGGAACUAAAAAAGCAAUUGUUUGAGUUGACGGAGAAGGGAUGGAUUCGCCCUAGCUCCUCUCCUUAUGGCGCACCUGUCUUGUUUGUGCCCAAAAAGGAAGGUGAGCUGCGCCUUUGCAUUGAUUACCGAGGGUUGAAUGCCGUCACCGUAAAAAACGCCGAACCUUUGCCAAGGAUCGACGAUCUCCUGGAUCAGUUGCAGGGUUGUAAGGUCUUUAGUAAUAUCGAUCUUAAGUCUGGGUACCACCAGAUCGAGGUGGAUCCGGCCGAUCAGCAUAAGACCGCGUUUCGUACGAGGUAUGGUCAUUACGAGUUGAUCGUGAUGCCAUUUGGUCUAACGAACGCACCUGCGACCUUCCAAAGGUCCAUGAACGAGUUGUUCAGGCAAUGGCUCGACGACUUCGUCAUCGUCUAUCUGGAUGAUAUUAGAGUAUAUAGUAAAACACUAGACGAUCACCAGAAACAUCGACGUCUAGUACUCGGGAAGUUACGCGAGGGUAACUUCAAACUCAACCCAAAGAAAUCCGAGUUCGCUAAGUCUGAGGUCCUAUACUUGGGACAUAUAGUGAAUGAGGAGGGAUUGAGGCCUGAGGAAAAGAAGAUCUCGGCAAUCAGAGAUUGGCCGCAGCCAAAGACUCUGACAGACCUUCGAUCUUUUCUUGGUUUGACGAGUUACUAUAGGAAGUUCGUUAGGAACUUUUCUGUUAUCGCUGCACCAAUGAGAAGGUUGCUUAAGAAAGGUACUGUCUGGCUAUGGGAUAAGGAUUGUGAUUUGUCUUUCCGAAAGCUGAAAUAUGCUCUAACUCACUAUCGUGUCCUCAAGAUUGCCGACCCGUCUCUUCCUUUCAUUGUUACGACUGACGCAAGUCAGUAUGGUGUUGGCGCAGUCUUACAGCAAGACGACGGCAAGGGCUACCGCCCUAUUGAGUUUAUGUCUAAACGACUGCCGUGCGACAAAGUCGCCAAUUCCACCUACGAAAGGGAGUUAUAUGCAUUAGUCUGUGCCCUAGAAACAUGGAAACACUAUCUCCUUGGCAGACACUUCACUGUGUACUCGGACCAUUCGACUCUAAAGUGGAUCAAGACACAACCUCGAUUGUCUGACAAGUUGGUGCGUUGGUCUGCUUUUAUUGAUACCUUUGAUUUCGAACUCAAAACAAUUAAAGAGGCCAAGACUGAGCUUGUGAUUGCUAAAUUUCAGAUGCGAUGGGUAACUGAGUAUGGGUUUCCCAUGUCUAUCGUAUUUGACCGCGAUGUCAGGUUCACAAGCAUGCCUUGGCAGAAGCUGAUGGAGGCCUACGGUACACGACUCACCAUGUCGUCAGGGAGACACCCUGAAACGAAUGGCCAGUCUGAGCAAAUGAACCGUAUGGAGGAACAAUAUGCGUUUAGCAGGAGUCAGGAUACGGCCGUGCGCUCGAUGCGGAUGGGAUUUCGUGAUUUUGCUCGCGAACUGGUAGGCACCGUAGGAGCUGAGGUGAAACAUCGCCUUGAGAAAACAAAACGCUUCUGUGUCGGCGCCAUUGAAGGUGUUAAACUGGCGGCUCCCAAGGAAGAGGAAGCACGUCCUCGCAGGGAGCCAAUCAAAGUCAAAUUCCCUGAUUCCUACAACGGGAAAAAGGAAGAGAACUUUGACAACUGGGAAGCCAACGUUAGAACGUACGUGCACCUGCAGAAAGUGUCCCCCGAUGAGCAGGUCCUGAUAGCCAUCCAUGCAUUGAAGGAAGAAGCCGCCAAUUUUGCACGCUCCUUAGUCCGUGCUGCUAACUGCAACGAUGAUGUGGUUGCCUACUCUGCUUUCACCCCCCUCGCGGACUUUCUUAAGUUGCUGCGCGAACGAUUUGCAGAUGUCUCGCGCAGUGUCAGAGCCUCUGACCGAUUGCAGACUAUCCACUCUCGCCAGUGGAGUGCCAAGGCACUCAAGGGAGUAAUGGACGAGUUAGUGGCUACUCCUGACCAUGGGGUCACAGAGACCCAACUGGUCAACCUCUUCUACCGGGCUAUGCCCGAAUCGUUGCGUGGGCUCUUCUUUGAGAAGGGUCUGCAACCCACCAUGACCUAUGACGCCUUGAGCAGGGAAGUGGUGACAUUUGAAGCGAAGUCUGCUUAUAUUAGUAGGAAAGCACUGCAGAAGCUGAAGUUGCAGUUGAAAGUCCAACGACUAGCAGACCCCAUAGUAAGUAUCCUCGCGGACAAUCGCACCAUGAGAGUAGAGGAGUACGUAGAGGGAAUCCAGGCGUAUUUCCGCCUAGAAAAGGAUGGGAAGGUGGAUAAAGUUCUCCAUUCCCUGACUCUCCUCGUAGAGGAUAGCCUCCCGUUUGACAUAGUCCUACGUAUGGACUGGGGAGAGGCAGCAGGGGCCACACUCCACUUGAGAGAGCACGAGUGUAGGCUCCCUAGUCCAACAGGCGGUGUCAAGACUGCCCGCCUGUUUCAUGUGUCAGGAGUAGACAACUCCCUGGCGCAUUGCUGCCUUAGCGCUCCUGCGUUCGCAAGGUUAGUGAAGAAGGAGCAGCUAGAGGAACAGGUUUUUGUAGCCUAUGUUAGGCCAGUUACUGAGCCUAAGGAAGAGAAGCCUAUAGACCCUGCUAUUGCCAAGCUGCUGGAAGAGUUCACCGACUUAGCGAAGCCGCCGGUAGGAGUGGUACCGCGGCCGAUCCAGCAUCGUAUAGAGAUUGAGUCUGGCAGUAGCACCCCCAAGGGAGCAGUGUAUAGGAUGUCCCCGCGGGAGUUGGAGGAGCUGCGCAAGCAGCUAGACGAGCUCCUAGAGAAGGGUUGGAUUAGGCCCAGUUCGUCUCCAUUUGGAGCACCUGUUCUGUUUGUCCCCAAAGAGGAGGGAGAGCUUAGAUUGUGUAUAGACUAUAGGGGUCUGAACGCUGUCACAGUUAAGAAUGUUGAGCCACUGCCCAGGAUAGACGACCUUUUAGAUCUGGUGCAGGGGUGCAGAUACUUUUCAAAGAUAGAUUUGAAGUUCGGAUAUCAUCAGAUUGAGGUUCAUCCUGAUGAUCAGUACAAGACAGCCUUCCGGAGUAGGUACGGGCACUACGAGUUCGUUGUGAUGCCCUUUGGACUAACCAACGCGCCAACGACUUUUCAGCGGUGCAUGAAUGACCUGUUUAGGCCUUGGUUAGAUAGGUUUGUUGUAGUUUAUUUGGAUGAUAUCCUAGUGUUUAGUAAGACCCUUCAAGAGCAUCAGGGUCAUCUCAGGCAGGUCUUGGAGAAGCUGAGAGAAGCUAACUUCAAGAUCAACGGAAAGAAGUGCGAAUGGGCGAAGACCCAAGUGUUGUAUUUGGGCCACGUCUUAGACGGAGACGACAUCAAGCCAGAGGAUAGUAAGAUUGCAGCGAUCAGGGAUUGGCCUACACCGCGUACAUUUACAGAGUUACGGUUGUUCUUAGGCCUAGCAAAUUAUUAUAGGAAGUUCGUAAGGAACUUCUACACUAUCGCUGCGCCCCUUCGCAGAUUGCUAAGGAAAGAGACCAUCUGGAAGUGGGACAAGGACUGUACAUCUGCUAUGAAGAAGUUGAAGCAGGCACUGAUAGAGUAUCCAGUCCUUAAGGUGGCCGAUCCGUCCUUACCCUUUGUCGUCACUACGGACGCUAGUCAGUACGGCAUAGGUGCUGUUUUGCAGCAAGAAGAUGGCAAUGGUUAUAGACCCGUAGAGUUCAUGUCUGCUAGGAUGCCUUCAGAGAAGGUUGCGACAUCUACCUAUGAGAGGGAACUCUACGCUCUCAGGCAAGCGCUAGAACACUGGAAGCACUACUUGCUUGGGAGGCAUUUCAAAGUCUAUUCUGACCACGAAACGUUGCGAUGGUUAAAGACGCAGGCCAAGAUGACACCUAAGCUUACUAGGUGGGCCGCAGAAAUAGACCAGUACGAUUUUGAGCUCAAGCCAGUCAAGGGUAAAUAUAAUGUAGUUGCAGACGCUCUGAGUAGGAGAGCUGACUACUUUGGAGCGAUAGUUCACUAUCUGGACAUAGCGAGAGACCUGCAGGAAAGAGUUAAAGAAGCAUAUGCGCAAGACCCUAUUUAUAGUGACCUCCUCAAGAGGGUAAAGGAGGCUCCAGAGACCGAGCCAGAUUACCGCACUACUAACGGACUGUUAUUUGAGAAGACUAACGUAGUUGACCGUCUGUGCAUCCCCAAUAGCGAGGAGAUCCGUAGUCUGAUCUUAGGAGAAUGUCACGACACAGAGGGUCAUUUUGGUUGGCAAAAGACUCUAGCCAAUCUAAUGCACGCGUACACCUGGCCAGGAAUGAAGAAUGACUGUAUAGGGUAUGUCCGCAGUUGUAAAGUUUGUCAGCAGAAUAAGACUACUACGCGUGCUCCGCUAGGUCUUCUCAGACCCUUGCCUAUUCGUGAUCAGCCCGGGGAUUCAGUGUCCAUCGACUUCAUGGACGCAGGCGUCAAGAGUAGGCACGGCAAGAGCCAAGUCAUGGUGAUAGUCGAUAGAUUUAGCAAGUAUGCUGUUUUUAUACCUUUGCCUUCAGGGGCACGGACCGAGUUAGUAAUCCGUAAGUUCUUUGAUCAUUGGGUCAGUGAGCACGGGGUCCCAUUGUCCAUAGUUAGUGAUAGAGACACCCGGUUCACGAGUCAAAACUGGCAGGAGUUGAUGAGAGUCUAUGGCUCUAAGUUAUUAAUGUCGUCUGGCCGUCAUCCCGAGACCAACGGUCAGACUGAACAUAUGAAUAAGAUCCUGCAGCAAGUUCUGAGAAUGUACAUUAGACCAGAUCAAGUUGACUGGGACGAGAUGCUCCCCAAGGUAGCCAGUGCCUAUAACAAUAGUGUGCAUUUGUCUACAUGCCGCACUCCCAAUGAACUGCACAAGUCCUUUAGGUCGCGCAGACCGUUUGAAGGACUUAACCGGGAUCAGAUUCAUAGGCUACCGCCCGGUACGAGGGAGUUUGCUAUACAGCUCGAGAAAGAACUAGCUACUGUUGUAGAGAACCUCAAGAAGGCCCAGCAUAGGAUGAUAGAGCAAGCCCACAAACAUCGUCGCCCAUCACAGUUCCAAGUAGGCGACUUAGUCUGGGUCAAAGCUAAAGAGUUUGCUCCUGAGGAGAACAUCUCGCAAAAGCUACUGCCCGUGUAUAGAGGACCGUGGCCAGUUCUAGAAGUCAAGGCCGGAGAAGACGGUCCGUCCUAUUCGAUAGAGAUUCCACUACACCUCCACACCUACCCAGUUUUCCAUGCGUCAAAGUUGUUGCCAUGCACAGUAAGUGACCAGUUUCCAUCUCGACGCUCCAUGAUCCCUCCAGACAUGGAUGGGAGGUACGACAUUGACGGCAUUGUAGGUGAAGACGUGUUUAGAACAGGAGGUCGAGGUCGUCCUCAAAAACAGUAUAAGGUCAGAUUUGCAUAUCAGGAACCAGAAGACGACCGGUGGUUCACCAGAACUGAACUUCUAGAGACAGCUCCCGACAUAGUCAGGGCCUACGAAAAAGACAGAAAGGGUAAAGGUCCUGCCUUGGACUGAAAUAUUCUCGGAGGACCUCGAAUUUAGGCCGGCGGGAGUGAAACGGUAUUCACCAGUUCGC